CUUUAAUCACAUAUUGUGUCGGAAUUUUCCGGUCGCCUCCUGCGGGAAAUGCGUAUUUCCGUGUCUGAAGUGUGUCACGGUGGGUUCCGAAGGAGAGCGCUUAGAGUUUUCCAAAAAAAUGUUUAUUUUGAUUUUUGUGUUUGUUGCGCGAAUCGUGGAAUCGAUGGAGCGGGAUAUAAAUGUGGUAGAAUAUCGUGACUGAUUCAUAAGUGAUUACACAUUGGAAGCGAGCAAACCUAUCGCGAGAUUAGCUUUUGACUGAAAACCAUGUGCUUGUGUUGAUACUACACCUAGUUGCAACAAAGUUUCCUCGUUCAGUAUUACAUAGAUGGCUCUAGCUCUAGUUCUUUUCUCAGAUUCGUUUAAAUUUGCGAUUGUCGUAACUGUGGCAACUCUCCUUCGCUCCUGCUCGAGUGCGCCGACCAUGGACUACCCCUGGUGGUACCACCCCUGCACCAGCAGCAUCGACCGCGCCCCCGAGCGCCACGAGAGGAGCACCAAGCAUCACCUAGAGUUCAUCAAACGCCAGUACGAAACCUUCCUCCAUCAGCUCAAUAUCGGCAUCAAAAACAUCUACAAGCUCUACAAGAAGGAGCAAAAGAACACCAAAGUGCCCCGGUUUAAGUGGUUCAAUAAGAAAAAAAUGCUCAAGCCGUUCGAUAACACAAAAAAUGAUGUGCAGAAAAGGACUGAACUUCACAAAGCGCUUCAGUACGUCGCUGGGAACUUGGAGGUUCUGCGGCGGUUGAAUGUCACAACCGCCACCGAUUUCAAAGAGGACCGAAGACAGCAAAUCUACUCGAAUAUCACCAAUCAUUUGAAACUGUUGUUGUGUGAAGUCUACGACAGUUUUGAACGAAACCAAGUUCCUGCCGGGAUUCCUCUCCACAAAAUGAAAAUUGGAUUCCGGAAAGAAACCGACUUGACAAGAGCGCAAAUGUACGAUCUUAUUUACUUCAGGAGAUUGAAGACUUUUUUAAAAGCCUUGAAAAAGAAAAUGUUCAAAAGAAACAAAAGGAAAAAAAACAGUGAAGUGAAAAAUAAAAAAAGGACGUGACUAGUGCUUAAUUUUGACGACCGACGUUUCUCAUUCGGGAAUUUAUAAGUCUGUGAUUUCGCCUAUUUAUUAUUAACUUAUUUUUUAAUUAUAAUAAUUUAUUUCAAUCAA